CGGGUCGUGGGCUGACAUCACGCCCAGCGUCUCACCGAGGCCCCCGGCGGGGGCUGUUGCCACAUCCCGCGGACAUCACCCGAAACGGGUCCGGCGGCGGGAUGCUGGGGAGGGGUGGCUCGCUGGGGCGCGUCACGGUGGGGGUGGGCGCCCUUGGAACUGAGGAUAAAGGGCCGGGAGCGGAGCCGGCACAGAGGAGAAGCGCUGAGCGGCUUGGAGGCGGGCAGGCGCCGUCUGUGCUGAAGGAAGACCAGGCAGCAGGCACGUCGAGCGCGGGAGAAAGGGGCAAAUUGGCCGAGUGGAGGCUGGGGCAGCGGGGCAGGCACUCGGAGGAGCACAUUCUGCCCGGGACCCUCGCCCGCCUUUCCCAACUGGGCUCCUGCAAACUUCCCCAAGAGGAUCUGAGGGCGAAGAUCAGAGCAGGACAGACUGCGACGUGCUUUCCAAAGGCGCCGGGUUUGCAGACCUGGAAAAAGGUUUUAUCUUGGAGUUAAGCCAGAGGAGUUCUGAGAUCAUUCAUGAUGAAACAAAUAGCAGAGGAAUGGUUCAAAGUAACUGCUUUGUUGUGCAUAGCUCAAGUGGUUUCUUCCAUGGUGCUUCCAAAUGCAACACUUUUUGAAAAGCUGCUGGAAAAAUAUAUGAAUGAGGAUGGAGAAUGGUGGACAGCCAAGCAAAGAGGGAAAAGGGCUAUCACAGACAAUGAUAUGCAAAGUAUCUUGGAUCUUCAUAAUAGAUUACGGGGUCAGGUGUAUCCACAAGCUUCAAAUAUGGAAUAUAUGACAUGGGAUGUAGAGCUGGAGAGAUCAGCACAGUCCUGGGCUGAGACGUGUUUGUGGGAACAUGGACCUGCAGCUCUGCUUCCAUCCAUUGGACAAAACUUGGGAGCACAUUGGGGAAGAUAUAGACCUUUAACAUUUCAUGUCCAAUCAUGGUAUGAUGAAGUAAGAGACUUCAGUUAUCCAUAUCCUCAAGAAUGCAACCCUUAUUGCCCCUAUAGAUGUUCUGGCCCUGUGUGCACACAUUAUACACAGGUGGUAUGGGCAACAAGCAGCAGAGUAGGUUGUGCUGUUAAUUUGUGUCACAACAUGAAUGUCUGGGGACAAAUAUGGCCAAAAGCCAUUUACUUGGUGUGCAAUUAUUCUCCCAAGGGUAACUGGUGGGGGCAUGCACCAUACAAGCAUGGUCGCCCGUGUUCAGCAUGCCCACCUAGUUUUGGAGGAGGCUGCAGAGAAAACCUUUGCUACAAAGAAGGUUCAGAGAGACUUUACUCUCCAGAGAUGGAAACCAAUGAGAUUGAACGGCAGCAGUUACAUGUUCAGGAGACCUCUCAGAAUCAAUUAAGCUUACACACAUCUGUCUCCGAUGACAGUGAGAGAAAUGAAGUCAUAAGUACACAUCAAAUGUCUCAGAUUGUUUCUUGUGAAGUACGAUUAAGAGACCAGUGCAAAGGAACAACUUGCAAUAGGUAUGAAUGUCCUGCUGGCUGCUUGGAUAGCAGUGCCAAAGUUGUUGGAAGUGUUCAUUAUGACAUGCAAUCGAGCAUUUGCAGAGCUGCAAUGCAUUAUGGCAUCUUAGACAAUGAUGGUGGCUGGGUUGAUGUUACUAGACAAGGAAGAAAACAUUAUUUUAUCAAGUCUUAUAGAAAUGGUGUUCAGUCAGUUGGCAAAUACCAGUCUGCUAAUUCCUUCACAGUCUCUAAAGUUGCAGUACAAGCUGUCACUUGUGAAACAACUGUGGAGCAAUUGUGUCCAUUUUACAAGCCAGCCACACACUGUCCAAGGGUUUAUUGUCCUCACAACUGCAUGCAGGCAAAUGCACAUUAUGCCCGAGUAAUUGGAACACGUAUUUAUUCUGAUGUAUCUAGUAUCUGUCGAACAGCUAUUCAUGCUGGAGUUAUUCGCAAUGAAGGAGGCUUUAUUGAUAUUAUGCCAGUGGACAAAAGACGGAUGUACAUUGCUUCAUUUCAAAAUGGAAUCUUUUCCGAAAGUUUACAGAAUCCUCCAGGAGGCAAGGCAUUCAGAGUAUUUGCUGUAGUGUGAAACAGCAAAAUAAAUAAAUAAAUAAAUUAAAAUAAGAAAAGAAGGAAAUGGCAUGCUUGGAAGAAGAAAAAGAAGAUGUCCUUAAAGAUAUUUCCUAAAAUUUGUAUAAAGGUGUAAUAUUACUGUACAGAAGACAUUUUCUCUUUUAUGACUGAAAAGGAGCUUAACUGCAUGUAAAUCUUAAUGGGAAAAAACUGCUAAUUAGACAUGGGAUGCAUGAUAAACUAUGAAGAAUAGUAACUUGCUUGAUCCUGUGUUACAUAUUGCUAUAUUUUCUUAGCAUUUUAUUCCAAUGCAGUUUAUUCAAAACAUAUAAAAUGCUCCAGUUUCAAAGCUCACGACAUUACCGUUAUUAUUGGAUUUGAUCUAAGCCUGUGUUGAACAAGUGGAAAGUAUGCAAGAGAGCAGAGAGUUUUCAGUGAUUCCCCCUUCCUACUGCAGCACCUUAUGCUAUUUCGGAAGGUUCUCCAACCCUCAGGAGUGACUUUUCAAGGUUCAAAGACUGUAGACGGAAUGGAGCAGUCUCAGAGACCCACUCCACAGCUAAAGCUUGUAGCUCUUUAGAUCCAACCAAAUCAUCAUUGUUAUUAUUAUUAUUCUAGUGUUAUGUAUGCCACUAGCAUUAUCUGUAAAAUUAUCUCAGUUGUGGACCAAGAUUUGACCUCUGAAAUAUUAAGCACAUGCUUGCUUGUAGGAUUGAUCCCACAUGCUACAUAUGUUGAUGUAUAGCGUAAGUGAAUGGAGAAACUGCACUGUAAAACAAUGGGUAAUACAGGCCCAAAUGCUUUUAUUGUCUGCAUCUAUUGUAUUCCUGCAGGGCAGGACACAAAUCUGAAGAUUGAAUAGCCCUGUGUGCUACUUUUUCCAUAUUGUGGUAUAUUAGAAAAACAUAAUGGUGACAUUAUCAAUCUUUCUAUGAAAUGUGUAUUGUAUAAGAUUGUAAAGCUGAUUAAUACUAUAUUUUUGGAUUUGUAAUUUUAAUAAGUUCUUUCAAAAUA